GACAGUAGUACAUGUUGUUCGUUCUUGGGGUUUUUUUUCCCUUUUAUUUUUUUUAACUUUUGGUUAAAUGCUACGUAAUUAUUUCAAGAAAUUCCUUUUUGAUCAAUUCCCAAAUCUGCCAGCCUGUUGUAUCUCCUUAACUGGAAAAAUGAGAUGGGUGCUUGAACAGUUGCUUGGCUGAAGAGGAGAUAAAGGCGGAGCAGGAGGUGGUGGAGGGGAUGGACAUCUCCACUCGAUCCAAAGAUCCUGGCUCUGCUGAACGUGCAGCACAAAAAAGGAAAUUUCCCAGCCCUCCACAUUCCUCCAAUGGCCACUCACCUCAAGAUGCAUCAACAAGUCCUAUAAAAAAGAAAAAGAAGCCUGGUCUAUUGAACAGUAAUAAUAAAGAGCAGUCAGAACUAAGACAUGGUCCGUUUUACUAUAUGAAGCAGCCACUCACCACAGACCCUGUUGAUGUUGUACCACAGGAUGGACGGAAUGAUUUCUAUUGCUGGGUUUGUCAUCGGGAAGGCCAAGUCCUCUGCUGUGAACUCUGUCCUCGGGUUUAUCAUGCUAAGUGUCUGAAACUGACAGCCGAACCAGAGGGGGAUUGGUUUUGCCCAGAAUGUGAGAAAAUCACAGUUGCAGAAUGCAUAGAAACACAGAGUAAAGCAAUGACAAUGCUCACCAUCGAACAGCUAUCAUAUCUACUGAAGUUUGCACUACAGAAGAUGAAACAGCCAGGGACAGAGCCAUUUCAAAAGCCAGUUUCACUGGAUCAACACCCAGAUUAUGCAGAAUAUAUCUUUCAUCCAAUGGACCUUUGUACAUUAGAGAAGAAUGUUAAAAAGAAAAUGUACGGUUGCACUGAAGCAUUUUUGGCUGAUGCCAAAUGGAUUUUGCACAACUGCAUUAUUUACAAUGGGGGAAAUCACAAAUUGACACAAACAGCAAAAGUCAUCAUCAAGAUCUGUGAGCAUGAGAUGAAUGAAAUUGAAGUAUGUCCGGAAUGUUAUUUAGCUGCUUGCCAAAAACGCGAGAAUUGGUUUUGUGAGCCUUGUAGCAAUCCCCACCCUUUGGUCUGGGCUAAACUCAAAGGCUUUCCAUUCUGGCCUGCUAAAGCACUGAGGGAUAAAGAUGGGCAAGUUGAUGCCCGUUUCUUUGGCCAACAUGACAGGGCCUGGGUUCCAAUAAAUAAUUGCUACCUCAUGUCUAAAGAAAUUCCUUUUUCUGUGAAAAAGACUAAAAGCAUCUUCAAUAGUGCAAUGCAAGAAAUGGAGGUUUAUGUUGAUAACAUUCGUAGAAAAUUUGGAGUAUUUAAUUAUGCACCUUUCCGGACACCAUAUACUCCCAACAAUCAAUACCAAAUGUUGUUAGACCCUGCAAACCCAGCUGCUGGAACUGCAAAGACAGACAAACAAGAGAAAAUCAAACUAAAUUUUGAUAUGACAGCAUCACCCAAGAUCCUGAUGAGCAAGUCCAUGCUGGGCAGUAGCACAGGUCGCAGGAUUUCACUGACAGAUAUGCCACGGUCACCAAUGAGUACAAACUCCUCCGUUCACACUGGCUCUGAUGUUGAACAGGAUGCAGAGAAAAAAGCAACUUCCAGUCAUUUUAGUGCCAGUGAAGAAUCCAUGGACUUCAUUGAGAAAAAUACAGCUUCUCCAGCACCAACAAGAACAGGUCAAUCAGGGAGCUUGUCAGGCAGCCCCAAACCUUUCUCUCCUCAAGCAUCAACGCCAAUUUCUGCUAAGCAAGAAAGAACUUCCACGCCAGGAAGCAUUCUGAAUCUUAACCUUGAUCGCAGCAAGGCCGAGAUGGAUCUGAAGGAGCUGAGUGAGUCGGUGCAGCAGCAGAGCACCCCCGUGCAGCUCAUCUCCCCCAAGCGCCAGAUCCGCAGCAGGUUCCAGCUCAACCUGGACAAGACCAUCGAGAGCUGUAAGGCACAGCUGGGAAUAAAUGAAAUAUCUGAAGCUGUUUAUACUGCAGUAGAACACAGUGACUCUGAAGAUUCAGAAAAAUCUGAUACCAGUGACAGUGAAUAUAGCGAUGAGGAUCAGAAAUCAAAGAAUGAUCAAGAGGAUGGGGAGGACAAGGAAGGUGCAAGAAGUGACAAAGAAUCAUUGAGCUUGAAAAAAAAACCUAAGCCUCCAGCACAGAAUGAAGACAAGGAGGAACUUAAAAGCACAAGUCCAGAAGUGGAGAAAACAGAAGAACCGGUCAAGGAAAAGGCUGUUUCAGACACUGAAAAAGAAUUUUCUGAAAAGGGAAAGAGUUUACAGCAUCCUGCAAAAGAAAAGCUGAAAGGGAAAGAUGAAACAGACUCUCCAACUGUGCAUCUAGGACUGGACUCUGAUUCUGAGAGUGAACUUGUCAUCGAUCUAGGAGAUGAUCAUUGUGCUCGUGAGGGAAGGAAAAACAAGAAAGAAUCUAAAGAAUCUUCUCCUAAACAAGAUGUUGUAGGUAAAACUCCACCUUCCUCCAGUGCAAGCACCCAGCCUCUACCAGAAACUCCAGUGCUCACCCGCUCUGCAUCACAGACCCCCCCAGCUGGUGUGACAGCAACCACCAGUGCUGCUUCUACUGUCAGUGCUCCCUCUGCUGCCACAGGGAGCCCUGUGAAAAAGCAGAGGCCUCUGCUGCCCAAGGAAACCGCCCCUGCUGUGCAGAGGGUGGUGUGGAAUUCUUCAAAUAAAUUCCAGACUUCUUCUCAGAAGUGGCACAUGCAGAAGGUACAGAGGCAGCAGCAGCAGCAGAGCCAGCAGUCUCAGUCACAGCAGCCUCAGUCCUCUCAGGGGACAAGAUACCAGACAAGACAAGCAGUUAAAGCUGUGCAGCAAAAAGAGAUCACCCAGAGCACUUCCACAUCCACUAUAACCUUGGUCACAAGCACUCAGCCCAUUUCCAUGGUUACCAGCUCUGGAUCUGCAAGCACACUUUCUUCUUCACUCAGCACAGACUUGCCAAUUGCAACAGCUUCAGCUGAUGUGGCUGCAGAUAUUGCUAAAUACACCAGCAAAAUGAUGGAUGCCAUCAAAGGAACAAUGACUGAAAUAUAUAAUGAUCUUUCAAAAAAUACUACUGGAAGUACAAUAGCUGAGAUUCGGCGUUUGAGGAUUGAGAUAGAAAAACUUCAAUGGUUACAUCAACAGGAACUUUCAGAAAUGAAACAUAAUCUAGAACUGACAAUGGCUGAAAUGCGUCAGAGCCUGGAACAGGAACGGGAUCGUUUGAUUGCUGAGGUGAAGAAGCAGCUGGAACUGGAAAAGCAGCAAGCAGUGGAUGAGACCAAGAAGAAGCAAUGGUGUGCCAACUGCAAGAAAGAGGCCAUCUUUUAUUGCUGUUGGAAUACCAGCUACUGUGACUACCCCUGCCAACAAGCUCACUGGCCUGAGCAUAUGAAAUCUUGCACACAGUCAGCUACUGCAACACAGCAAGAAACAGAUACUGAAAUUAGCACAGAAACACUAACUAAAUCCUCCCAGCCCAGUUCAAGCGUGCAGUCUACACCCACAGAAACAGCCAGCACUCCUAAGGAAAAGGAAGGUUCAGCUGAUAAAAGCAAAGAGAGUGUUACAGACCCAUCAGUGUAGCUUCUGGUCUGGAUCUUUCGAUACAAGUUGCCUUCUGAUAAGCAAUACUGACUGCAGCACUUCCAAGCCCUUCUUGCCUGGGGGUUCAGAGGCCAAGCUCAAGACCUGCAUUCAAACCAACUUACUUUCUCACCACAGACUGCCAUUAGGGUACCACAAUGUUCCAUAACACUGAUACAACACUUCACCUGGAUCUACGGUUAACGGAGCAGUUUUGAAAUCCUCCAUAGCAUCUACUCUGAUAGUUUUCAGUAGGCAAGGAUGAGCAAAUGCUCUAAAAAAAAAAAAGGGACUUAACAUUGCUUAUAUAGAAAAUGUUUAUAGAGAAGAUUCUGCUUUAUAGGUAGGGCUUGACUAUUAGCAAUUUUGGCAUCAGUUUUUUUCUGCCCUUGCAAGAUUUAUUAAAUGAAAAAUUUUAGUGGGGGGGGGGAUGGGGCUGAUCCUUCAAACCCUUACACAUGAUCCUCCACAUCAGUAGGAGCCUUGUUGUAUUUUAAAAUAUUAAAAGCAAACUAAUUUUGUAGUAUUGUGAUUCCAGCAUGAUGUCUCAUCGAGAUAGUCCUGUAGAAUUGGGAAGCAUAGUAAUUUAGAGAGCUGUGUUCAUUUCUUGACACUUUUGCUACUGUCUGGUGUUAGAUCUCUGGGCUUGAAAUGUCAUCUAAGGGAGUAACUUUGGGGAACAGAUUUGAAGGGGGGAAAAGGAGGUGCUGUUUCACUUAAAUGUUUUGAUGAAGUUGGUUAAACUCUGGCUCACUCACUUAAUGUUUGUAUGCAUUGUUAUGGCAGCACAAGCUUUGUAUUACUGGGGAAGUAGGGAAUGUGAGACCUAAAACCUGCCAGGGAAUAUUCCAGUUACACAGAUAUGGAAUUGCUUUUAUAUAGAUGUUCUACCUGAAACAUCAUGCUGUAUACAAUAUCAUGUUCAUAAUCUGGAUUUUGUUUUAUUAACAAAGAAGUAACCUGUGAAUUCAUUAAGAUGCCAAUUUUUAACACAAAGAAAGCAUCCAACAUAAAUUGCAUAUCAUAACAAUAAUAAUGUAACAACUAGGUGGAAUUUAUGUACAAGCUGAGGCUUCUACUGAGGUUGCCUGUGCUGUCUCUGCAGAUAGCAACAGGUGUGACAAGCACCCAGCCUAUAAAACUGGUCCAGGUACCGCAGACCACCACCUAUAUUCCAACUACUCAUCCCACAAUUGUAAGUACAGCACCAUCAUUUAAAGUCUGCAGCAAUGCUGUUCCUGGCAUUAAAAUUGCUCAGUAUCUCUGGGGGGUUGUCUCCAUCUGCUGUUGUAUCAAGAGAUGAAUUCACUGGUAUAGUCUCAACUUGCAGUGCAAAAUGCUUGAUUUUACUGUGCAACAUUCCACCUCUUCAUUCCAUUCGUGAUUGCAAGAAUUCAGAAAUCUCUAAGUCUGGCAAAGGCACUGACGACAGGCAGAGGCCAUUUCACAUUACUGGUCUGUUUCAUGUAUAUACUUGACCACAACAUCAAUGUAAAUAUAUAGAAUUCAUUUUAAAUAUCUUUUAAAUAUCGUUUUGUCUAUGGUAUCCUGAAGAGAAUUAGAGAUUUAAUUAUUUCUGAGCUAUGCUUGAUAUUCUUGUGACAUCUCAGUACCUGUGAAAAAAAAUAUGCAUUUGUCAGCAGUGUCUCUCCCAUGCAGUCUUGCACAUUAGCAUUAUGAAACAAGAAAUCGCAUUGGAAUCAGACCUGGGUUUUUUCCAUCAAAGGCUUAACCAAGGACAUCCGAAUUCCCUAGUGUCAGGCACAGUAGAUGGGACAAAAGUGAGUUGGAUUUUUGUAUUUUAUACACCAUAUUAGCCCAUUGUUUCAGCUGUUUGUGCUCUGCAGUGCUCAUGUCAGAGCCAGCUUCUGAGCUGAUGCUGCCCUGGUGACA